AUGGGAAACAUAUUUGAAUCGCUAUUCAAUCGGCUCUAUGGACCAAAAAAGUUAAACCUAUUGAUAGUUGGUUUGAAUGGGACGGGUAAGACAACUAUACUCUAUAGGCUUAAGCUUAACGAUAUGUUGACCACUAUACCGACCAUCGGGUUCAACGUUGAGACUGUAGACUAUAGAAACAUAUCGUUUACCGUUUGGGAUGUCGGCGGAGGUGAUCGUAUACGGCCACUGUUGAGACAUUAUUAUAGCACAACAAACGGUAUCAUAUUUGUUGUCGACAGUAAUGAUAGAGAUUGUAUUGACGAGGCCAGGGAUAUGUUACAUGAGGUGGUCGGCGACGAUCAACUGGAAAACAAGUCGGUACUGGUGUUGGCCAACAAACAGGAUAUGCCCGAAGCGUUACGGGCGGCACAGCUUACUGGACGCCUGGACUUACCUAAAUUGACUACAAAACACGAUUGGUAUAUACAGAGUACAUGUGCCCGAACUGGUGAAGGUAUCUAUGAAGGACUUGACUGGUUAUCAGAAUCGUUGAUGAAAAUAAAAACAAUGGGAAACAUAUUUGCAUCGCUAUUCAAUCGACUGUAUGGCCCAAAACAGAUGCGCCUAUUGAUGGUCGGUUUGGAUGCGGCCGGUAAGACAACUAUGCUCUAUAAGCUUAAACUGAACGACUUGGUCACUACCAUACCGACCAUCGGUUUCAAUGUGGAGACUGUCGAGUACAGGAACAUAUCGUUUACCGUAUGGGAUAUCGGCGGUCAGUCACGUAUACGGCCACUGUGGCGAUGCUAUUAUAACAAUGCUCAGGGCAUUAUAUUUGUUGUCGAUAGCAACGACAGGGAUCGUAUGGACGAGGCACGGGAGGUCCUGCAGGAGAUGCUCGGCUACGAUGAACUGCGAAACGUAUCGGUACUGGUGUUGGCCAACAAACAGGAUUUGCCGAACGCAUUGCGGGCGCCGCAGAUCACUGAGCGCAUGGAGUUACAUAAGUUACGGACACAUGACUGGUAUAUACAGAGUACAUGUGCCACAACUGGUGAGGGUAUCUAUGAAGGACUUGACUGGUUGUCACAAUCGUUGAUGAAAAAAGUUUGAUUAGAAAAAAAUCAUUUGUUUUAUUAAAUAUUUUAUUUAUAUUAUUAUUGACUACAAUCUUACUAUUUAUUUAGUAGUCUACAUAUAUAAGCCAUAUAAGCAAUAUAAUUAUAUGUAUAUUAUA